GGCCAGCCUAUCUCAUUGAAGACGUCAUCUUGCUCUGAAAAUUCCGGAGAAUGUCUUACUACGAUAUUGAUGCGAUUCUUACCGACGCGCAGAAACUGCCAUGCACAUUUGAGCUCGACGUGCCGGGGCUUGGCAUUCUAGAAGGCAAUCCGGGAGAGAAUAUCAAAGCUGGGACACGCAUUGAUUUGCCUCUCUGGCUGGGGGAGAUGCUGUCUAUCGGGGCACGGCUUGGUACCUCGCGACUGGUGACGCUGGAUCUUCCCUAUGCGUUGUCAGAUCGAGUGCUCAAUGCGUUGAAGGCCGAUCCGCGGACGGUUGAUUUGCGCUCGCUGGCGCCUCAUUUCUACAGCUUGAGCGAACGGGUGCUGGAGUUGUUUGAGGAAGAGGAGAUGGUGGAUGUGCUCAGUAAUACAUUCAAGAAGCGUGCAGCGCAGAUCGCCGACCAUGCGCACAAUCCGCAGGGCGCGCUGGGCCAAGGGGCGGAUUUCCUGCGUGGUCUGGAUGAGACGGAACGACAAUUGUUUCGAGCUACGCAUGACAGCGCCAAAGAGACCCGGGUUUGGGCGGGUGAGUCGAAGAAGAAAUGAGCUGAAGAUGCACCGAAAAGGGCUGAGCUGUGCUCGCCAUCAUCAUAGAAGCG